CCUUAGUUUAUAGAAACACACAAAUUAUGUGAAGUGAAAGUUGAAUUUUCUUAAACUUUUAGAGUAUUUAGUCUGAAUAUGGCAUCUCCUUUGCAUAAGAAACAGAUAACCAAAUACUUGAAAUCUCAUAAAACCUCAAUAAACAAGGAUGAUAUAAACGACAGAUCUCAAACUAGCGCAAAGAGCAACAAAGCUUCUGUUCAAAUCCCAAAUAGGUUAGAGGAUAAAAACAGAGCAGCACAGGGACCAAAACAUUAUGUUGCACAAUCCCCAGUACCAAAACAUAAUGCUUCACAAUCCCCAGGACCAAAACACAAUGCUUCAGAACCUCCAGGACCAAAACAAAAUGCUAUGCAAUCCCCAGGAACAAAACACAAUGCUAUGCCAUCCCCAGGAACAAAAAACAGUGCUGCAUAUAUCAAGAGAACAAAACAAUUUCCUGCUGUGAAUACAACAAAGAAUUCUAUCAAGUCACUGAACAAUUUACCUGAUGAAAUUCUACUUCAGAUAUUCCAGUAUCUAGGGCCAACCGACCUACUUUUGGCAUGCACCAUUUCAAAACGUUGGCUGACACUAACUGCAGAUAAUGUCUUAUGGUUACCCAUAUACGAACGCUAUGUGGCGAAUAACAAAAAGACAGGAAGCAGCAAUGGGGAUAAGUGUGUGAAUGCAUCAACCCAGUUUAAAGAACCUGGCUACUGGAAACACCAAUGCAUGCAAAGGUGUGGUCAGAGCAGAUCAAAGAAGGCAAUUGCAAUGCUCAAGAAGCUAAGUCCAUAUACAGGUCUACCCAAACUGACCACACAGGCUUUAGAGAGUCUAGGUACUAAGUGGAUUUUAUUGCUGAAGGACUCUACAGGUGUUGAACACACGAUGUGGCAUAGUGAUGCAUUCCACCACCAGAUGUCUCUAUCCGUGCGCUGGUAUGGCCUAGAAUGGCCGCCUCUUUCUCGUAUUACACAAUUAAGUCUUUAUGCUGCGAACCCGAUCUUCUCUUCAUCAGAUAAAAAUAAGCAAGGCCCCUGUCGCAGGUCUCUUCUCCUGAGUUGCAAGUUCACAUGGAAUAAAUGGCUAGAAAGUCUCAAGCCUAUUGGCGGAGACAGCAUGUGCCACUUUUACCUCCUGGCAGAUACUUUAUUAAUUGCAGUAUUUAAAGAAGUCCUUAAUAGACCCUUAGCUACCUGGGAAUAUAUUCAUGCAACAAAAGUAUUCUACAAAACUGCUUGA